GCCAGCCGCCGGCCGCGCCGCCGCCCCACAAGAGGAUGAAGAAGCGGAAGGAGCUGAACGCCCUCAUCGGCCUGGCCGCCGACGGCCGCAGGAAGAAGCCCGCCAAGAAGGGCUCGGGCCACCGGCUGCUGCGCACCGAGCCGCCCGCCUCCGACUCCGAGUCCAGCUCCGAGGAGGACGAGUUCUCCGGGACGCGGGGCCGCUGCGGAAAGGGAGACUACCUGCGGUGCUGCAGGUUCUGUUACCCUUUAUGUGCGUUUGUCAUUCUUGCUGCUUGUGUGGUCGCGUGUGUUGGCUUAGUCUGGAUGCAGGUGGCUCUCAAGGAGGAUUUGGAUGCAAUAAAGGAGAAGUUUCGGACUAUGGAAUCUAAUCAAAAGACAUCAUUCCAAGAAAUUCCUAAACUGAAUGAAGAUUUGGUGCAGAACCAAAAGCAGCUAGAACAAAUUGAGACUGGAGAACUGGGGCUGAGUAAAAUUUGGAUCAAUAUCACAGAGAUCAAUAAACAGAUAUCACUAUUGACCUCAACAGUAAAUCAUCUCAAAAACAAUAUAAAAUCUGCUGCUGACCUGAUUUCUCUUCCCCUCACAGUAGAGAAACUUCAGAAGACUGUAGCCAACAUAGGUAGCACCCUUACCAGUGUGGCUCAUGAUGUUGAAAAUAUACAGACAGCUAUUGAGGAAUACAAGAAAUCCAUAGAAAUACUCCAGAAUGAUGUGAGGGAAUUAAAACAACUGCCUUCACUUCCCUCCACUGUUGUUCCAAGGACUGAGGGAAAUCAGACAGAAUACUGCAAAAAGGAAAGCCAGGCACUGCAUGCAGCUUUGGAACAGCUAAAUAAUACUGUAGUGGUGUACCAAAAGUUGAAUGAAAUCAAGCUUCUAAAUGUGGAUUCAGCCAUUGGCAACCUCAGCCGGAAAGUUACGCUGUUGGAAAACUCUCCCCUGGUUGUGAAAAACCCCGACAAAAGAGAGAACUCAUCCACCAUCGUGGGGAAUAAUGCAACUACCUCUGUAAGAGUGGAAAAUGAAGAUCAACUAGAUAGUGAAACUCAGUCAAAUAAAGAACUGAAGGAAGCAGGAACUACUAGAGAUCCUCAGGUAUCAAAACUAAAAGAGACUCUUCAGCUGAUCAGUGCUCUCACAAGCAAGUCAGAAAAUGACAGACCCAUUGAGGCAUCAAAGAAUGUUGAAAGUAGUCAGACUACUACAGCAAAGCCCACAGACCUUUCAAGGGUGGCUUCGAGGUCAGCUGGUGACAACACAGAGAGAAAUGGGCAGCUGAGCCAUCUGUCCUUGCCAGGAAUUUCCAGCAUCGAAGAUCUUCAGAAACUGUUUGAAAAAGCACCUGCAGAUGCUGAUGGAAAACUCUCAUACAAAGACCUUCAAAAGCUGUUUGGCUCCACAGCCCAAGAAUCACAGAGCUUUAAGGAGUUUGACACAGAUGGAGAUGAGAAAUACACACUAAAAGAACUGAGAUCAGCAUUAGGUCUAUAGGGUAUAUGUUUAGGAAUGUGAUAUUGGUGGAUGUUACUGUAGCUAAAGGAAGCUACAGACAUGAAAAUCUAUGGCUGCACUUUCCCAGUGUUUGACUGAUCUUUGAAGCUAAAUUACUGUACACAUUACCACCUCUUUUUCAGUUGCAUUUAUUGAAAAGAAAUUUACAAAUUUAUAUGUCAAUAGGACAUAAUAUUGGGACUUUGUUAAAAUCAAGAAAAUUCCCAAACUUGGAAACAUUUUCCUCUCAUUAUUUCCUUUUCAAGGGAGUUAUUGCUUAUAAUUUAAAAUGUGUACAUACUAAAAUAAAACUAUGGUUUUAUAUUUCACUGAAAUUUGCCUUAAAUUAGAGAGCUGCACUUUAUGUAGAGCAGAAGGGAAAUCUGUCUUGUGAAGAUGGGCUGCUUCUGCUUGUAAAUAUUUGAGAUAGAGUAAAUUAUGCAUAUUUAAGGACAAGUUGUGUCAGGGGCUGCGUUGGUAGUAAUCUGUUUAUAAUGAGAGACUGAGCCUGGAAUGAAGGUUUAAGAGAUUCAGCUAAAUUUCUGAUUUUUACUAACUAUGUCCAUGAAUAAAUUUGGCCUCAGUCAGAGGGAAGCAGGAGGGGUAAGUCACGCCCAUCUAUAGCAGGAUGUAUUUUUAAAGGGAAGAGUUGAAAGUGUUUUUAUAUCAUGAGCCUACAGGAGCAAUUAACUUGCUGAGUGCUUGAGUUUUCACUUCAGCGUUGUUUAGGCUUUGCUGUGUUGCAUUCAGAUUAUAUUUUGUGAGAUGAGCCUGUCUAUUUAUUUUUUUUAAAUGAACAUAUUUAAUAGCUUUAAUAGAUGCUUAAGAGGUAAAAGCCUCCAGUGCAGCCUGCUGAGCAGCACCUGAGCAGUUCACAUCUCAGUGCUGCUCUGGUACACUCCAGGAGUGUGAGCAGGUGGGAAGGCCCAGAGAACACUUGGGAGCUCUUUCCUGGCUAUUGUGACCGUGAUCCCUUCUUGGUACCUUUAUUUUUUGUCUCCUUGCCAGCAGAAGGAUGUAAAAAGCUGUGUAGGCAUGUGCAAUCCCAUCAUCAUUCUGUACUGACACAUGGUUUGUAAGUGAGGUUUCCUUACUAAAGGAACUUAGAUCAUAGUGGUGGAUCUAAACACAGAGUGUAUUUAUCACCUUCUGGAACAUUGAAAAAUUACUUUAGCAGAGGGGAUUCUCUUGCAGGCUAGAUGAGGGCCAAGUUGGGUAAUUGUGCUCACAAAUAUCGCUGAUCUUGUUAAGAGUUUUUUGCAUGAUUAGUGAGUUGAAAUUUCCCACCUCGCUGAAACAUCAGCUUAUGAGGAAGUCAGUUCAUAAAUGUUGACUUUUAUAUUACUUUAGACUGGAUGUUUUAUCAAUAAUUGUAUUUUGGAAGUAUGAAACAGCAAAGGAAUGUACAAAUUGGAGCCCUGUUACCCAUUUCCUAAGCUUCUUUCACUGUUGCUCUUCUAUCCUGUUUGGGUAACGCAGAUGCCACCCAGAACCAAAAUGCUUUUGAUGUGACAUUUGAAAACACCGUAUUUAAAAACAAAACCAAACCAACCAACCUUGGCUUCAGAGAGGACAAGAAGCCAACACUUGCUUCUUGCCACUUCCCAUACCCUUUUAUACAUUACUGUAUAAAUCCUUAACCAAAUAAAGAAAAAAAAGCAAUAAAAUGUAACCAUUCUGACAUUUUAUUUGUACAUACUGUAUCAUAGCCAUAUGCCAGAGUUUGCAAAAUAUUUUUGGAAGUUUAUUUGUAUGAAAUUUAACUUUAUCUUAAAAUUUAAAAGAUUAUAGUACUGCCUUGUGAAAA